AUGGAGAAGAAGUGGGACGCUGUUGUACUGACAGCCAGCGAUGUUGCGCAAAAAAAAGCGUUUGAGAUGCAGCUUGAAAUGCUCCCACGUUUGCAAGAUUAUGCAGAGAAAUAUUUUGUUUACGAGGAUACGCCUGCAGGUGUACGAAUUGGCUCGGGAGGCUCAACAAUUUUGGCACUUAAUCGAUUAACUGAUUAUUAUAAAAAGGAAUUUUCAAUAAAGAAAAUUUUAAUAAUUCACAGCGGUGGCUUGAGCCAAAGGUUACCUGUUGCUUCAGCAUUGGGCAAAGUCUUUUUAUUGUUACCUGGCGAAAAAACGAUGCUGGAAAUGAAACUGAUAUUUUACAGACCAAUUCUGCAUGCCAUGCUUGCUGGUGUAGUAAUUUCCGCGUCUGACACCCUUGAAUUCAUUCCGGAAAAUAUCGGUAGCAUUAUCCCUGGUGAGGUAACACUGUUUGCCCACCCGUCAAGUAUAAAAGUGGCUAUGGAACAUGGCGUUUACGUUUUAAAAGAUGGAAGUUUGGAGACUGUUCUUCAAAAACCCACUUUAGAAGAGCUAAAAGAAAGUGGUGCUUUGAGCCCGAAUUCUGACCUGCCAAUUUCAGAGGAUCUUUACGGAGCACACGAGCUCGAGGGCGAUGAACAUGCUUUAACAGACAGCUUCUUUGUUCUAUCAUCUGCCAUUGCAUUGCAUCUUGCAUCUUUAAAAGUUCAUGAACCGUUCGAUUGCGAGACUUGUUGUUAUGGGGAUUUUCUUCGAGCAUUAGGGACUUUUCCUCAGACCAAGUAUUUGGAAACCCACGAGCCUCUGGCUACCUGGAGACAGCGCUUCGCUUCAAUCUUCAGGGGACUCUCUUGCCGAGUAGUUGUAUUGCCACAAAACUCAUUUUUCCAUUUUGGAACUCCUCAAGAAAUAUUUAAGCAUUUGAUUCCUAAUUCAGUGUUUUGUCGGCGCUUCGGAAUUCCCACCCAGCAUUACUUGUUAUCUUCAAUCACUGACGAUUCUAAGAUUGGAGAAACUUCUUUUGCUGAAUGGUCCUAUUUUCCCUCAGGAGUUUCUGUUGGAGACAAAAGCCUCAUCAGUGAUCUUUCUAGCUUAGAGUACGUUGAGUUCCCUCCCAGCAUCAUGGCAAUGACGUUAAUCUUAAUUGGUAGUAAUGGUUCCUCAGAGUACGUAACUGCCAUUUUUAGUACAGACGACGAUAUUAAAGUUAAAAAGAAUACACUGAAAUGGUUCAAGGAGGAACUGCACUAUGAAAAGCCAACAAGCUUAUGGGAGGCAAAAAUUUUUAAAGUUUGUUCCUCACCAGAGGAGUCUUUAAAAGCCACUUUGCUAUCAGUGAAAGAUGGUCUAAACAGUGAUAGUUGUAUUAGUUUUUCUGAAGCGCUGCUGCGGAAAGACGUUGUUAAAAUGGUGGAUUUCAGGAAGGAUCGAAUUCCCUAA